AUGUCCACCACUGCUGCCAGCCCACCCCCCGCAACCCCCGACCCCGAGCAUUUCAUGCACACCUCCGGCAUAACCGACCCCGUCUGGGUGCACAAGCAACCCUUCACCGCCCACCCGCAAUUCCCCCCGCUCACCCAGAACCUCACCACCGACAUCGCCAUCAUCGGCGCGGGCAUCGCCGGCAUCCACACCGCCUACGAACUCAUCCGCCGCGGACAGCACCACGUCACGCUCCUCGAAGCGCGCGACGUGCUGUCCGGCGAGUCCGGCCGCACGAGCGGGCACCUGACCAACGACCUGGAUGAUGGGUACGUGCAGAUUGCGAAGAUGCAUGGGGAGGGUGGUGCAAGGGUGGCGGCGGAGAGCCAUGCGUGGGCGAGGGAGCGGGUCGGGGAGGUGGUGGCGGAGUUGGGGAUCGAGUGUGAGUUUCGGAGGGUGAGGGCGUAUGAUGUGAGUCAGUUUCGGGUGGGGGAGGGGGGGUAUGAGGGGGAGAUGGGGGAGUUGAGGGAGGAGGCGGGGAUGCAGGGGCGGUUGGGGAUUGAGAGUCGGUUUGAUGAGAAUUUGACUGUCCGGGGUUGGACGGGCAAGCCGGACCAGCGCGGCGGAAUGGUCGUCGAAAGCCAGGCCACCUUUCACCCGACACGGUACCUGGCUGGCGUGCUUGCCUGGCUGAAGCAGCAGCCCAACUUCCAGUGCUUCACGCGCACCCGCGUCUCGGGCAUCCACGAGAAGGGUGUGGAGGUGCUCGGCAUGGGUCACAAGUCGGUGACUCUCGAGACCGAGGCAGGCCACACGGUUAAGGCUGAAUACGCCGUCGAGGCAACGUGCAUCCCCUUGCAGAAGCUGUCGAUUGUGGCUGAGCUCGAGUACUUCCGCUCCUACUGCAUCGCCGUGCGGGUGCCCAAGGGGUCCGUUGAGGACUGUCUGCUGUACGACAACGCUGAGGCGUACAAGUACGUCCGGCUGACGGCGUGCGACGACAAGGAUGAUUAUUUGGUUGUGGGAGGGUGUGACCACAAAGUCGGGCAGGAAGAGACGACACCGCGCUUUGAUGAGCUAGAGAAGUGGACUCGCGAGCGGUUUACCCAAGCUGGUACGACAGAUUACCGCUGGAGCGGUCAGAUCUUUGAGCCUGUUGACUACAUGGCAUUUAUCGGCAAGAACCAGGGCAACAACAAGGUCUUCGUCAUCACGGGCGAUUCUGGAGAUGGGCUAACGCAUGGUGUGCUGGCGGGGCGGCUGAUUGCGGACGAGAUCGAGGAAAAGCCGAACGAGUGGGCGUCGCUGUACAGCCCGAAGAGGCUGGGCAGUAUCAUAAAGACGCUUCCGAGUAUGGUAAAACAUGACGUGCAGAUCAACCUGCAGUACAAGCGAUUCCUCCAAACCGAUAUCACGGAUAUCGAGGAGUUGGCGACUGGAUGUGGUGGUGUCUUGAAUUCGGCAACUAGCAAGCCGUUGGCCAUCUACAAGGACGAGAAAGGCAAGGCUCACAAGUACAGCGGCCUGUGUCCUCACAUGAAGGGAGUUGUCUGCUGGAACGACGUGGAAAAGAGUUUUGACUGUCCUGUCCAUGGCAGCCGCUUCUCCAAGGAGGGUAUUUGCGUCAAUGGGCCGGCCAAGAUGAACUUAGCACCGGCUGAUAAGGCGGGGGGCGCGAGCCAGGAGUAUGCUGCUGGGUCCGGUAUGUAG